GCUGUAGUGAAAAUUAAAAAACUGAUUAAUAUAAAAGGAAUUAUUUACAUUUGAACGUGCUACAAUCUCAGAAGGAUAUCAAUUUAUAUUGGUUCAGAUAAAUUCACUACAACAAACCUUUCAGUGUCUCCAUUUCCUUACGUCUCGUUCUUACAGAAACCAACCAGUUUACUUUCUUUACUCGCUUUUUUAUAUUUCUUCCAAAACUUUCUUCUUUAAAACAAACGAUCAGCAGUCUAUUGUUUUACGAUGCAAGCUAUCAAGUGUGUUGUGGUUGGUGAUGGUGCUGUCGGUAAGACAUGUCUCUUAAUAAGUUAUACCACAAAUGCUUUUCCUGGAGAAUAUAUUCCAACCGUAUUUGAUAAUUAUUCAGCAAACGUAAUGGUCGAUGGAAAGCCCAUCAACCUUGGUCUUUGGGAUACUGCUGGUCAAGAAGAUUAUGAUCGUUUACGCCCACUCUCAUAUCCUCAAACUGACGUAUUCUUGAUUUGCUUCUCUUUAGUCAGCCCUCCUUCCUUCGAAAACGUUCGGGGAAAGUGGUAUCCUGAAAUUACUCACCAUGCCCCCAAUAUUCCAAUUAUCCUUGUUGGUACUAAGCUCGAUCUUCGUGAGGAUAAGGAGACCAUCCUUAAGCUGCGACAAAAAGCUCAGUCCCCAAUUACAUAUCCACAAGGCCUUCAAAUGGCAAAAGAUAUCCAAGCUGUUAAAUAUCUUGAAUGUUCUGCUCUUACCCAAAAAGGAUUAAAAAACGUUUUUGAUGAAGCCAUUAGGGCCGUACUUUGUCCUGUCCCAGUAGUAGGCAGAAAGAGUAAAUGUAUGGUUAUGUAAAUUGAAACUGUUCUUUCAUAAAUAUAUACAUACAUAAAAAUUUCAUAUAUGUAUAUAAUAUUAUUAUUUCUUCAAUACAAUAACUUUUUGGGUUUUAUUCUCAAUUUUUUUAAUUCACGAACGUGUUACAUUUAGUGAAUGUUAUGACUAAAAUUACGGUUGAAAAAAAAAAUCAAGGAAACAAAAAAGGAUCAUGAGAAUUUUUUUUAGAAAAAAAAGACAGACUUACAAUUAAUAUAUACCAGUCGGAUAUAAUAUAAUGAACUAAAAUUCUUGCAAAUUUUCUGAUGGUCAUCCCAAAUUGAUAAAUUUUAAAAUUAGAAUUUGUCUUCCCCGUAAGUGAAUGUACUUAAAUACUUAUCAAAUGAUCCUUUCUAACGACUUUGGUUCAUCUUAUGUAUUUUAUUUUAUCCAUAAAUUUCCAUAAAUAAAAAAUAAA